AGAAGAUGGAUAUAGGAUGUUAUCAACUCAGCCAAAAAUUUAUAUUUAGAUUACUACAUAUAUAUUAAAGUUACAAAAUAUCAAGAACAUUAAUCUUUAAUUAUAAACUAUGUCGUUACUUCACAUUCUAAAUUGAUUAUUUGGAUAGUCCACUUCUUAUCGUUUAAUUAUAAAGGUGUUUUAGAGAGAAUAAUCGAUAAUAUGUAAAUAUACUUAACUAAAUAAAGGAAAGUGUGUAAUAUAUUAUACAACGAAUAGAUUCAUGAUUGA